GAUUGAUUGAUUGAUUGAGACACAGAGAGAAGGGCAGGGGCAGAGCGGAGGGACGCGGCUGGAGCGGCCCUCCCUUCCCUCUCGGGCUUCCUCGCGAGAGUGCGCGGCCCGGGGUGGGAAGGGUGAGGAGAGGAGGAGGAGGGGGCGGGCCUUGCGGGGGUCCCCCUCCCCUCCCCCCAGCCCCGCUCCCCCGCCCCUCCCCCCUCCCACCGGCGGCUAGUCCUCCACAAAAUGGACGCCGCCGCCGACGUUGCUGCCAGCCCGGAGGGCGAGGAGGAGGAGGAGGAGGAGGAAGAGGAGCCCUCCACCUCUGGCGCCUUCCCAGCCCCCUCGCAGGAGCCCGGCCUAGAGGAGAAAAAUGAUCCUCCAUUUCAACUCAAACCUCCUCCAAAGGCAUCUAAACUUGAAAAAGAAAUUGACCCAGAAUAUGAAGAGAAGAUGAAAACAGAUCGAGCCAAAAGGUUUGAAUUCCUGCUGAAGCAGACAGAACUUUUUGCACAUUUUAUUCAACCUGCAGCACAGAAGUCACCGACAUCUCCCCUCAAAGUGAAACUUGGAAGACCGCGGAUAAAGAAGGAUGAAAAGCAGAGCUUGCUUUCAGCUGGAGACUAUCGCCACAGGCGCACAGAGCAAGAGGAAGAUGAAGAGCUGCUCUCUGAGAGCCGAAAAACCUCUAAUGUGUGUGUUCGGUUUGAGGAAUCCCCUUCUUAUGUUAAAGGAGGAACACUGAGAGAUUAUCAGGUUCGGGGUUUGAACUGGAUGAUUUCCUUGUAUGAAAAUGGUGUCAAUGGCAUUUUGGCAGAUGAAAUGGGCUUGGGGAAAACACUCCAGACCAUUGCGUUGCUGGGCUAUCUGAAGCACUACCGAAACAUUCCAGGCCCACACAUGGUUCUGGUUCCCAAAUCAACAUUGCACAACUGGAUGAAUGAAUUUAAACGCUGGGUUCCCUCUUUGCGGGCCGUUUGUCUCAUUGGGGACAAGGAUGCCAGAGCCGCUUUCAUCCGUGAUGUCAUGAUGCCUGGAGAGUGGGAUGUGUGUGUGACCUCCUAUGAAAUGGUAAUUAAAGAGAAAUCAGUCUUCAAAAAAUUUAACUGGAGGUAUCUGGUGAUUGAUGAAGCUCAUCGGAUUAAGAAUGAAAAAUCUAAGUUAUCUGAGAUUGUUCGUGAGUUCAAGACCACAAACCGGCUGCUAUUAACAGGGACUCCCUUGCAGAAUAAUCUUCAUGAGCUGUGGGCCUUGCUCAAUUUUCUUUUACCUGAUGUCUUCAAUUCUGCAGAGGACUUUGACUCAUGGUUUGACACUAAAAAUUGCCUUGGAGAUCAAAAGCUGGUUGAGCGCCUCCAUGCAGUUUUGAAGCCAUUUUUGUUACGGCGCAUAAAAGCGGAGGUUGAAAAGAGCCUGCCUCCUAAAAAAGAAGUCAAAAUCUAUCUGGGACUCAGCAAAAUGCAGAGAGAAUGGUAUACCAAGAUCCUGAUGAAAGAUAUUGACAUCUUGAAUUCGGCUGGGAAGAUGGACAAGAUGCGGCUGCUGAACAUCCUGAUGCAGCUCCGCAAGUGUUGUAACCACCCCUACCUGUUUGAUGGGGCCGAACCUGGCCCUCCCUACACCACGGACACUCACCUUGUCACCAACAGUGGCAAAAUGGUCGCUCUGGAUAAAUUGCUGGCAAAACUCAAAGAACAGGGUUCUAGAGUUCUUGUUUUCAGCCAGAUGACGCGUUUAUUGGACAUCCUGGAAGAUUAUUGCAUGUGGCGAGGUUAUGAAUAUUGCCGAUUAGAUGGGCAAACACCACAUGAAGAAAGAGAGGAAGCAAUAGACACCUUUAAUGCUCCCAACAGCAGAAAGUUUGUUUUUAUGCUGAGUACCAGAGCUGGAGGCCUUGGGAUUAAUUUGGCCACCGCUGAUGUUGUUAUCCUCUAUGAUUCCGACUGGAACCCACAGGUUGAUCUGCAAGCGAUGGAUCGUGCACAUCGUAUUGGCCAGAAGAAGCCGGUGCGGGUAUUCCGACUCAUCACGGACAACACUGUCGAAGAGCGGAUCGUAGAGAGAGCUGAGAUAAAACUGAGAUUGGACUCGAUCGUUAUACAGCAAGGGAGGCUUAUUGACCAGCAGUCGAAUAAACUGGCCAAGGAUGAGAUGCUGCAGAUGAUCCGUCAUGGUGCAACACACGUGUUUGCCUCUAAGGACAGCGAGCUGACUGACGAGGACAUUACCACAAUUCUAGAGAGAGGUGAAAAAAAGACAGCCGAAAUGAACCAGCGCUUGCAAAAGAUGGGCGAGAGCUCUCUCCGAAACUUCACCAUGGAAACAGAAAUGAGCUUGUACAACUUUGAAGGUGAAGAUUACAGAGGGAAACAGAAGCUCAGCAUGAUGGAAUGGAUCGAGCCUCCAAAACGAGAGCGCAAAGCCAAUUAUGCUGUGGACGCCUAUUUCCGAGAAGCUCUCCGUGUCAGUGAACCCAAAAUCCCAAAGGCGCCGCGUCCUCCCAAGCAGCCAAAUAUUCAAGAUUUCCAGUUCUUUCCACCACGGUUGUUUGAACUCCUUGAAAAAGAAAUUCUCUAUUACCGCAAGACCAUAGGCUACAAGGUCCCCAGAAAUCCUGAGCUCCCAAACGCAGCUCAGGUACAGAAAGAAGAACAGCGGAAGAUUGAUGAGUCUGCUCCUUUGACUUCAGAAGAGGCAGAAGAGAAAGAAAAACUUCUCACCCAGGGUUUUACAAACUGGAACAAAAGAGACUUCAACCAGUUUAUCAAAGCUAAUGAAAAAUAUGGACGCGAUGACAUAGACAAUAUUGCCCGUGAGGUGGAAGGAAAGUCGCCCGAAGAAGUGAUUGAGUAUUCCGCUGUUUUCUGGGAACGCUGCAAUGAACUUCAGGACAUUGAGAGGAUUAUGGCUCAGAUUGAACGAGGGGAGGCCAGAAUACAGAGACGGAUUAGCAUUAAGAAGGCCCUGGAUGUCAAAAUUGCAAGGUAUAAGGCCCCUUUUCAUCAACUGCGUAUUCAGUAUGGAACAAACAAAGGCAAAAACUACACAGAAGAAGAAGACAGAUUCUUGAUAUGCAUGCUACACAAAAUGGGCUUUGAUAAAGAAAAUGUGUACGAAGAGCUAAGGCAGUGUGUGCGCAAUGCACCCCAGUUCAGAUUCGACUGGUUUAUCAAGUCGAGAACAGCAAUGGAGCUCCAGAGACGUUGCAAUACACUCAUAUCGCUUAUUGAAAAAGAAAAUAUGGAAAUCGAGGAAAAAGAGAAAGCUGAAAAAAAGAAACGAGGAACAAAAACUCCAGCGUCACAAAAAAGAAAAGCAGAUUCAGCUGCGGAGAGUUCUGGAAAAAAGGAUGCCAAGAAAGUCAAGACAUAAAAGCGGGGAACAAAAUGUUCAAUUUAAAACUGCCAUCUUUCCCUCUCUCUAUCUGCCAGUGUUAUUGCCACCGUCGAUGUAUUCAUGGUACUCGUAAGAAAAAAGAAAUCCCAUGGUUUUAAUUUUUGCAAAUCUGUAUAUUUUACAAUGCCUUUCUUUACCUAAUGUGUAGCUUUAUAUUUUAUGCAUUCCAAUAUUUUUGUGCACUUGUAUUUUGUGAUUUUUCAUGUCUUCAGCAAAAUUGACUCAGUCCCAGUUCUUCUGAAGCUUGUGCUGAGGUUUUCGCUUUUAUAUGUUUUAUAUGCUGCUGCUUUGACAGAAGAAAAUUCCCCCUUGAUUCUAUCGUUGUAUUAUUGUUGUUUGCUACUUUAUAUGAUUGUGGAAAACAAACUGAAUUAAAAUGACUGGAGGAGUCUUGUGGAAACACUU